CCAAGAUAAAACAAAAGAACAUGCCCUCUUUAUCAUCUAUAACAAGAAGAAACAUGAAGAGCCAGAAUACGCUGAUCUGCAUAUAUGGCUUCUUCACAUUUGUACUUCUGUGGUCAUCGGAAAUUGGGGCCAAUGCCACUAGAGAGGCCAAGCAAUGGCGGCACCCCGGUGGCGCAAGGCAGCUGCUCAGAGAGACGUUUUACCCUUCGUAUGGAGAAAGCAUGCCGAAUUCAUUUCAGUAUAGGAAAACCUCUACAAUCUUUAACGUAUUAAACUUCGGUGCUAAAGGUGAUGGGACAAGUGAUGAUACAAAGGCAUUUGAAGCAGCAUGGUUUGCUGCUUGUAAACUAGAGGCAUCAACCAUGGUUGUGCCCAAAGGUUCAGUCUUUUUGAUCAAACCCAUAUCUUUCUCUGGAUCCGAUUGUCAACCAAACAUUAUCUUUCAGUUAGAUGGCAAGAUUAUAGCUCCAAAAGCCUCAGGAAGUUGGGAAUCAGGCCUCCUUCAAUGGCUGGAAUUCACAAAGCUAAAUGGGAUCACAAUCCGUGGAACCGGUAUAGUUGAUGGUCAAGGCUCGGGUUGGUGGACAAAAUCAGGAACUAAACCAACAGCUAUAAGGUUUUAUGGAAGUUCUGAUGUGACAGUAACGGGAAUAACCAUACAAAACAGCCCACAAACUCACCUCAAGUUUGAUAACUGUCAAUCCGUUCAGGUUUCCGAUAUUACAGUUUCCUCCCCAGGCGACAGCCCAAAUACAGACGGAAUUCACUUGCAAAACUCUCAAGAUGUAACGAUUCAAAGCAGUAAACUCGCUUGUGGUGACGAUUGUGUUUCCAUACAAACCGGGUGUUCAGCAGUAAACAUUCAAAAUGUGGAUUGUGGACCUGGCCAUGGAAUAAGCAUAGGGAGCCUUGGUGAAGAUAAUACGAAGGCUUGUGUUUCAAAUAUAACUGUUCUUGAUACAAAGAUCCAUGACGCAAUGAAUGGUGUACGAAUAAAGACAUGGCAGGGAGGCUCGGGCUCCGUGCAAGGAGUGACAUUUUCGAACAUUCAACUUUCUCAAGUCAAAACUGCAAUCGUAAUUGAUCAAUACUAUUGUGAUGGGAGCAAAUGCAAGAACGAUUCAUCAGCUGUGGCUGUUUCAGGGAUAUCAUUUGAGAACAUAAGAGGGACGUAUACCGUAAACCCUGUUAAAUUUGCAUGCAGCGAUAGCUUGCCAUGUACAGAUAUAACUUUAGACACUAUAGAGUUACGACCAGUACAAGGAAGUGCUCAUUUCAGCAAACCAUUCUGUUCGAAUAUCUAUGGAGAACUUAAAACAAGCACGACCCCUCCAAUCGAUUGUUUGGUCGUUGGAAAACCAUCAAGAAAACAAGGUCUAAAUAACUACGAUUCUUGCCAGAAUUGAUGCUAUUUCUAUGAGUAGAUAAAUGGAUAACAAAUAAGUUUAUUACGUUUUCCUGUAAUCAAUAUAGAAAGAGUUUCAUAUUACGCGGUU